GGCUGCUGCCGCUUGACGUCACCUCCGCCGUGACGCGACGCACCCAUUCAUAAAAAAAGGAAAAAAACAGAAACAAUGCUGCCGAGAAGCGCUCAGAGUAACGCGGAGAACGGAGGAGCAGACAGCGCGUAAAGACGAGCGCCUGCAAUGGACAGCUAGAGGAGCGGCGCCGAGCGAAUCCGCGCGCCUUCUCCGGGUUUGGAGGAGACCGACAGAGGACACACCCGCCACCGAGAGCCCCACGCGCAGCCGAGACGCGACGUGCGAUGGAGGAGCUGCGCGAAAUGGACUGCUCGGUGCUCAAGCGGCUCCUGAAGGACGACGGCGCCAAGUGCCUGCUGCUGGACUGCCGCUCGUUCCUCGCCUUCAGCGCGGGCCACAUCCGCGGCGCCGUCAACGCCCGCUGCAACACCAUCGUGCGCCGCAGGGCCAAGGGCUCCGUGCUGAGGCUGGAGCAGGUCCUGGCCGGCGACGACGAGGCGCGAGGCCGCCUGCGCUCCGGCAUGUACUCCGCCGUGGUGCUGUACGACGAGCGGACGCCGGACUCGGACGCCGUGAAGGAGGACAGCACCGUGACCGUGGUGCUGAACGCGCUGUGCCGCGACUGCUCCAGCGCCAACGUGUUUCUGCUGAAAGGUGGAUACGACCGGUUCUUCAGCGAGUACCCGGAGUUCUGCCUGAAGACCAAAUCCCUGCCGUCGCUCACCAGCCAGUCCAGCAUCGAGUCGUCGUGCUCGUCGUGCGGAACGCCACACCACGACCAGGGCGGCCCCGUGGAGAUUCUCCCCUUCCUGUACCUCGGAAGUGCCCUCCACGCCUCCAAGAAGGAGGUGCUGGACGCCAUCGGGAUCUCGGCCCUGCUCAACGUGUCGUCCGACUGCCCCAACCACUUCGAGGGAGACUACCAGUACAAAUGCAUCCCGGUGGAGGACAACCACAAGGAGGACAUCAGCAGCUGGUUCCUGGAGGCCAUCGAGUUCAUAGACUCGGUUCGGGACUCCAGCGGCAGAGUGCUGGUCCACUGCCAGGCCGGCAUCUCGCGCUCGGCCACCAUCUGCCUGGCCUACCUGAUGAAGCGCAAGCGCGUGCGCCUGGACGAGGCCUUCGAGUUCGUGCGCCGCCGCCGCAGCAUCAUCUCGCCCAACUUCAGCUUCAUGGGGCAGCUGCUGCAGUUCGAGUCGCAGCUGCUCGCCACCUCCUGCGCCGCCGAGGCCGCCGCCACCGCCAGCCCGCUGCUGGGCCCCAAGACGGCGGCGGCGGCGGCGGCCUCGGCGGCGGCCACGCCCACCUCGCCGUUCAUCUUCAACUUCCCCGUGGCGGUGGUGAACCCGGCCUACCUACACCACAGCCCGCUCACCACCUCGCCGGGCUGCUGAUGCAGCGCCGGCGCCGGCGGGAAGCGCCACGGUGCCUGAGUGGGGACGGACACAAACAGAACUGGUUUCCUUCCACGGCAACGCCUGGACCGGCGUUGGCUGAAGACACACUCGCUUCCAUGGAGAGAGACAACAACAAGAAGAACACGCACAGGGCGACACACAGCACUGACACAGAGAGGCCGGACAGCAGCAACACACACACGCGCACACACACACGCACACACACACGCACGCACACACACACGCACACACACACGCACACACACACACACACACACACGCACACACACACACACGAUUACCAACUGAAUAAGCGCAGUAUGAAGACAGGGUUCGUUGCUAUGGAGACAACAGGUCUUUAGGAGAGGAGAUGGACACAGGAAGGAAGCAGGAAUUUUAAGCACCCGCUCUCUCCCCUCCUGUCGCCGGACAAAAGCGACGGACGGAAAAACGAGGGGAGGCGACGGUGAUAGAAAGCAGGAGCCUCUUCAGUGACAGGUGCUGUGCCAGCGAUCCGACCGGAGCUUCCUGUCUUUCAUGCAUCCUCUUCCUCUCCUCCCUCGGCCUCCCCCCUCGUCUCCUUUCAUCCCUUUAUGUGGUCCUUCCUUCCCUCCUCACCUCCUCUGCUCGUCUCUGUCUCUCGUCGUCGCCGUCCGCCCCCUUUCCUCUGCUGCUCAUCCCUGCCCCGAAGAGGCUCAAUAAAUGAAGCAAGAUGCCAAAUAAAACCAGGCCCCUUGUAAAUGGACUGGAAAACCCCUUUCGGUCGGCCCCUGGUGCACACUCGAGGAAACCCCUCCUGCUUCAUCGCAAGCAAACAGUUCAGGAUGAAAGGGCUGAAUGAUGAAACUGGGAGACGGCGCGUGGUUUCCGUCACAUUUUCAUGGUCUUUUACUGAAUUUUUCACUUUCCACGAAGCCGCACAUCUUAGAGCACAGUCGCCCUCGGCGACGUCCACUCAUUAGUAAUCAUCUGUUCACCACCACCAGUGAAUGGUCCUUUAAGAUGUUUGUGCCUUGUUCAUAGUUUCUCCACGGCUUUCGUUAAACCCCAGCGUUCUCUCUGUUCCUUUUAUAGGAAGCAGAUUUAUGAAUGGUGACAAAAACCAAACACAACGUCAGAAGAGCAGACGUCUCUCUUCAUCUUCCCUCUCACACCUUCACACAGACACAAACACACAAUAAUGUUCAGUCAUGAGUUGGAACUGGGCCUCGGACCGCGGUGACACUGUCCCCGUGUACUUGACAUCACAGAUACUACAAUAAUAUCACUAUAAAGUCUGAAAGAGGAAACCUCCAGUUUGCAACAUUCAUCCGUUCAGUUUGCGUCUGUACAACAGUCACACAAGACAACGACGUCCAUUCAUUGGACAAUAGCUGAGGACAGCUGUGGCCUGCUAUGAUGUCACACUCCGGUCUCCAUGACAUCAUAGGUUCACCCUGGUCCUCAUGCGCACGCACACGCAUACACGCACACACACACACACACACAAAGACAAGACAUAAAAAUAAUCCUUUUUUGAAGAUUGUCAACACCUUUCUCUGUAGCACUUUGAAGUGAUGCAAUACUGUAUUUAUAGUUUAUGAUUGAUUUGCACAUCAUGGUGACGCCAGGCUGACUAGACUUUGCAUAAAGACAUUUUGUUGAGAGCGAGACAGAGAAACGAGACCCAAUCAGUGAAAAACGCAAUACUUUAUACAUGUGUGUGUGGUCUAUCAGUCUGUCUGCCUCUCUGUUAGUCCACCUGUCUCUCUGUCUGGUCAAUGCUGUUUACCCAUCAUGGCAAUAUCAAUCCUACACUUGGACAUUUAUAUAAGUAGAAAAUAAACUUUCCCUGGAUUUUAUUUGUGGAAUGAAUGAUCUGUGCAUUUAUUUAUUACUGAGGAUCCACUGUUGAAUAAACAAUGUUCUUAAUUAAA